AUGCAAUACUUUUCCUUAAUCCUGCUAUGCGGUCUGGUUUCCUAUUCAGCACGCGCAGCACCAGUAACGGGCACCUCACCGAGUGGACGUGGUAUAGUUCCACGCGACGGACCAACAUCGGACGCGGCAACCAGUCAACUCUCGGCGGCACAGCAAUCUUCGCUCGUACGUCCCGCCCAAUUCUCCCGGGUGGCGUAUUGCUCGAGCGCAGCGGUAACGAGCUGGUCGUGUGGGCCGCCUUGCGAUGAUAUCGGGAAAGGCGUGGAGGUAAUACAGGCUGGCGGAGACGACGGGUUGGUGCCCAUGUAUUUUGUUGCGCACGAUCCUAUCGCCGAGUCGAUUGUCGUUGCACAUCAGGGAACUGAUCCGGACAACAUUCUUUCGAUCAUCAACGAUGCCCAGAUCCUGCUAAAGGAUCUAAAUUCGACUCGUUUCCCGUCGGCAGGUGAUUCUGUUAAGGUGCACGACGGCUUCCAGAAGACGUUCGAGCGUACCGCCGAUGGCGUGCUUUCUGGCGUUCAGAGGGGUCUUGCGGCUAACAACGUCAAUAAGGUCGUCGUUACAGGCCACUCUCUCGGUGCUGCUAUUGCUGUCAUGGACGCGAUGAUGCUCAAAGAAAUCCUCGGUUCAUCAGUAGAGAUCACCACAACAGUGUUCGGUCUACCCCGAGGUGGCAAUGAGGAAUGGGCUAACUUUGUUGAUCAAACUCUUGGCUCGAGUCUGACUCACGUAACCAACCAAGAUGAUCCUGUGCCCAUCCUCCCACCCCGGCUCAUCGGGUAUCAGCAUCCGCAAGGCGAGAUCCAUAUCAACGCCGUAGACGGCAAUGGCGAUGCUACAGAUAUAGUUGCGUGUCCCGGACAGGAGAAUGAAAAUUGCUCGGAGGGCAACAACAUACUGUUCGACCACAGUGUCGCCAAUCAUGCAGGCCCGUAUAUCGAUAACAUAUCGUUUGGAGGAGAUGCGUGCCCGCUUUGA